AUGUUGCCAAAUGAAGGAACAUUAAUUCAGAACAUUGAAAAAAAUGUUGCAGAAAUUUUAGCAGCUUGCAAAGAUGAUCCUGCAAAAACCGAGAUUGCUCGAGUUAACUUCGAAUUGCUAAUUACUGUAAUAAAAAAAUUCGAAAAAGGCCCAAGAUACUAUAAUGCAAUUCUAGAAGAUCAGGAUGCUGCACAAAAUAAUCAAAUGCAGUCUUCAUUCCAAAUGCCUGUUGAAAAGAAAGGAGAACCCGACGCAAUAAAAUAUCCAGUUAUUGCAGAACUAGAAAAAAUUUAUCACAAGAAAUUAACUACAAAAGAACUUCAGGCGCUGGGGUCAAGUCUUUCGAAGCUUCAAGGUUUGAAAUUAAAUCGAGAUACAAAGCGUAACAAAAUUAAGCUUCUAAAAUGGUUCAGUACUCAUUGGCAAAUCGUUCACUCUAAGAUUUAUGAGUUCGGACUGAAUGACAGAAGCAAAUGGGAUACUCCAAAAACAAAUCCUGAAAAUCCACCACAAUAA